UAAUGAAGACAUCUUUCUACCAUGGUUAGAGUCAAAUGAGGAAGAUCCUAGAGAAAGCUUUUUUAAAAAUUAUUUUUGUUUUUAAAAUAACAGGGGGAAAAAUCCCAAAAGCAACAAGAUACAAAAGUACAUUUUUAAAGAAAAAAAUACAUGACAAGUGCUUAAAACUAAGUUAAAAGUUAUUCAUUUGUUUUUUGAGCUCUAGAGAAUGCUUAAGACAGCAACUCAUUGCUCAGAAUGCAGUUUAUUCUUUGCUAAUAUAUCUGCUGCAUCAAAUAUCAAUCUGGACCACAAACACAGUGAUUUAAGGUAAGGAAAGAACUUUCCAUAAAAAUGAUCAAAAGGACUUCUAUACAACUUCAGUAAGACUUUGGGGAUGCUCUGUAUUUUAGCCUUAUUCAUUUACUCACUGUAAUGGAGUUGCACGGUAGGUUAAACGUUUAGAUUUCUGUGCCGCCCAAAAAAUAAAAAAUAAACCCUAACCAUUUAUUAGCUACACUUAUGGUACAUUAAUACUGGCUGAGGAAAUCUGGGAAUUGAAGUCCUCACAACUUUAAAAGUUGUUUAGGAUUGUGACGCACUGGCUGAGCUGCUGAGUUGUGUUGCAAGUUCUUAACAUUUAAAAAUACGGCCGGUUGGUCUAUUCUAAACACACUUAUCUGAGAACAAUAUUAUUACAUGUCUAUAUAGCAGUGGAGUCCAGGAAGUUCAGUGGAACUUAGCUGCAACUAAAAUGAUCUAAAACCGAAAAACAGAAUAUUCCCGCCGAUUUGUUCGUUCUGACCAAAUUAUCAACCCCGAAGAACGCGCGACAGGAGGAGUAAGUGCAACGCGGAAGAAGGAAGGCCAUGCUCAUCGCAAGGUCAGGCUGCGAAGACUCGAUUGGCAUCUCCUCCAAGGUUCUUUGCUUUGGCCCAGAAGUGCGGAGGCGUGAAUUAAUUUAGUCGCGGUGGCAACAAGGCGUGGCCUUGCUUACGAGCAAAAUGUUACGGAUCUGCUUGAGUCACUGCCCGCGAAGGACCUCCAUUGUGAGUUUCGGAAGUUGGCGGAGCCGGUGGGCGCAGCGAGCGCGCUUUUCCGCCUCUGCUUGUGUCAUGGAGCCUCGUCUCCGUUUUUCUCCCCCCGACCACAGCCUUUUCGAUCAGCCGCUGGCCAUCUCGGUGGAAGGGCUCCGGCCCGAGCAGGAGAUCGGGCUCCGCGCGUCGCUGGAGGAUGAGAGGGGGGAGCGCUUCGAGUCGCACGCCUUCUACCGAGCAGAUGGCGAGGGGCACCUGGAUCUGCAGCGCUCGCCGGCGCUCGAAGGCGGGAGCUUCUCGGGUUUGGAGCCGAUGGGCCUGCUGUGGUCUCUCCAGCCGCUAAAACCCCACAGGCGCCUGGUGAAGCGCGACGUCGAACGCCCCUUUCGCCUGGAGCUGGAGGUGUUGGAAAGGCUGGGAGCGUCUCUGCCUGGUCGCGUCCUGGCCAAGAGCUCCCACGAGCGGAGAUUCCUGGGCGACGGGGUGAAGAGACUCCCGGUGCGGGAAGGGAAUAUCCGGGCCGUUCUUUUCCAGCCUCCCGGUAAAGGCCCUUUUCCAGGUAUCAUUCAGAUACCUGGAACUGGAGGAGGGGUUCCAGAAAGUUCAGCGUGUCUGAUAGCAAAUCAUGGCUUUGCUGUAUUAGCUUUGGCCUAUUAUGGGUAUGAUGAUCUUCCUAAGAACAUGGAGGAAUUGCAUCUCGAGUACUUUGAAGAAGCUGUCAAUUAUAUGCUAAAACACCCAGUGGUUAAAGGUCCAGGAAUUGGGGUGUUGGGACACUCCAAAGGGGGUGACAUCUGUAUUUCCAUGGCCUCAUUUUUAAAAGGCAUCACAGCAAUAGUCACGAUUAAUGGUUCUAUAGCCAAUGUAGCUACAACAGUACGCUAUAAGGAUAUCACUAUCCCACCUCUUGGCAUUAAUAUAAAUCGAGUCAAAAUUGAUCAGAAUGGGAUCGUCGACAUUAUUGAUGCCCUAAACAACCCACUUGAGGGUCCUGACCGCCAAAGCUUAAUUCCAUUGGAGAAAGCUGAGGGACGCUUUCUUUUUAUUGUGGGCUUAGACGAUCAUAAUUGGAAGAGCGAAUUUUUUGCCAAUGAAGCUGCCAAACGUUUACAAGCUCACGGAAAAGAUAAACCUGGAAUCAUUUGCUAUCCUGAAGCAGGCCAUUACAUUGAACCUCCUUAUACACCACUGUGCCCUACUUCAGUCCACUUUUUGGUGGGCAAAACAGUGAUUUGGGGAGGGGAACCUAGAGCACAUGCAGCAGCGCAGGUGGAUGCUUGGAAGCAGAUUCAAGACUUCUUUCAUGAAACCCUCAAUGACCACACGAGCAAACUCUGAAUGAAUUGGCGACGAGCUGGGUUGCAGCAUACUAAGCUAAAUACUGGAGACGGGAGAAUAAUGCGGUGAAUGGAUAUGAAAUGGGGGCAAGAAGAAGAAAACUCGGAGGUGAUAAAUCCCAUUUUGAACGUUG